GUGUAUUAUUCACUGUUUGCUGUUUAUCAAGUGGCUGUAGAAUUUGUGACUGUGAAAUAUCUUAAAUAUCUCGUGUCACCACUUGACUAAAGACCAUUUGGAUUUUAAGCUUGUCCAAAUGUUCAUGAAAUGAAGCUGUAGGUGGAGAUGCUGACAAUGUCCACUCUGUCCAGUAAGCACACCCCUCCUUUUUCCAACUUUUCAACUUACUGCUCCUCUACCCUACUCACACUACCUCUUCUACUUUGAGCCCCUGGUCUGGAAUUAGUGGCGAGACACCUGGUGAACAGCACAGACAACAUGGCCUUUUACAGAAGCUUCACUACACAGUCCGGAUUUCUUUUUCUUACAGUUUUUGUCCUCUGUGUGGCUUUUGUACUGACAGAAACUGUGGUUAAGGCUUCUCCAACGCUACAUAGCGAUAACCAGGGCACGCAGUCCGGAGAUGAUGGAACAGAUGCAGGCCAAGUCACAACUAAAGAAACGAUUCAUGAACUGACGCAACCCACCAUCACUAUAGAUUACAUUGACAACCUGGACACCACGACAAUGGAGGAGGAAGGUGUCCUUGGCCCAGGUGCCAUCACAGCCAUUGUCAUCGCUGUGUUCCUCGGUGCCUCUGUUCUCCUCGCCCUCAUCGUCAUCACACUCAGAAAAUUCACUGCCACUUAGAGCAGGAUGACCACCUGUUUUAAACCUCUCUCUCUCUCUCUCUCUCUCUCACUCUCACUCUCACACACACACACACACUUAUUCGUAUAUUUGUCUUCUUCAACUUUUGGCAUGUCCCCUAUAGUUGGCAUAUGAGUGGUGACAUGACCCAUUAAUUUGUGAGAACUGUUACAACUAAGCCAUGACUGAGGCUAUUUUCACUUGAUGAUGGUCAUUUCAUUUCUCAUAUGUCCAAAAAGUCUUCAACACAAGUUAGUAGGUUUUCUAGAUUUAACUUGACAACUUUAACUCAUCCUUGAUCAUACUUUUUGUUUUUAAUGUUAUUGGUUUCUGUUUUCUGAGAUGUGCAUUAUUUGGCGUGGUAAAUAAGACACUUAAAUUCAACUUAUAUUGUAUAUUUUUCAAUGGCCUUUCUCUCUACAAAUGUCAUUGUGAAAUUACAUAAAAUCACACUAGACUGUAGAAAGUAAACAGAUGCCUGCAUGUUCAAAUGUCUAGAUUUGUAAAGAAACAGUACACAUCUAACAUGCAUGUAACAAUCUUAAAAAUUUGAAGUGUGAGAGAGUGAGAGAGAGUGCAAGCAUGAGCAUGUGUGUGUUGUGUUUUCAGACAAAGUGGGAGAAAAAUAUUAUGCAGAACA